UAGUGGCAAAUGCUAUCAUAAAAAAGGACAUUGGUGCACUGGAAACAUCUGACAAAUUAACUGAUAUCAAUGCUGUUAAAUUAAAGAAAGAAUCUCUAAAGUUAGAAGAGCACACUAACUCGAAAUGGAGAUGUUGGGUGUGGCUUAUGAUAGCUUUUGUUUUGGUUGUAUUUUUUAACAUGGUAUUAUUUAUGAAAGUGGCAAAAAAGAAGAUUUAAAUAAUAAUUUAUGUAUUUGAACAAUUUAACUUCUAUAUAAAAUGCCGCGAAUACAUUAUUGUGAACUCAACCAUAUGACUCAUUGGAUUGAUAUUAUAUUAGAAUUACACAGCCAUGAGUGUGCUUGUAAAAACACCUGUACCACCUAAAACCACCUGGAAACCUGGUAAGGUAAAAGUGGUCAGGGCAUUAUGCAAAUACAAUGCGCAAUGUGCAGAAGAAUUAUCAUUUGAUGAAGGAGAUCUAUUGUAUGUCUACGACAGAGAUACCAAUUCAGAUUGGUGGAGGGCUAAAUGUGGAGAUCAAAAGGGACUUAUACCCGCCACUUAUGUGGAAGAACAAACGCAAGAGAUCGAGUUGCCACUGCAUGAUGCUGCUAGACGUGGUAAUGUUUCCUUCCUGAGAGAAUACUUGAAGCAGGGUAUAUCGGGGACUGGUUUAGACGCAGCCGGGAAUACGCCGUUAUAUUGGGCAGCACGUACAGGUCAUUUGGAAUGUGCGAGCGAGCUUCUCAAUUUGCCAAAUCCUGUGAUAAAUGCUCAAAAUAAAAUGGGCGACACGCCACUUCAUGUGGCAGCGAAUCAUGGGCAUUUGGAGAUGAUAAAUUUAUUGUUGGAACACAAUGCAGACACAACGUUAAAAAAUAAUGAUGGUUUCACUGCAGAAGAAUUAUCCUCCGAUGCGUCCAUAAGAAACGUAAUACAAUUGCAUCAACGUCAAUAUGAUAGUACUUAUGGAUACGGCGAUGACGAUUAUAACGACGGUGAUGAUAGCGAUUAAAAAAUUUCAAAUUUUUUUACUGAACCAUCUAUUGAAAUCGAGUCUCAAUAACAAUCGAGCCAAGUGUUCUCCACAGGGUUGUGCACGUACUCUAUUUAAUGUUUUUGUCAACCAGUCCAUCACACUAUCGAGUGUUUCACAUAAUGUUUUGAGUUCCUCUUUCUCUGUUAGAAGCAAAUUGUCAACUUCCCACAUGGACGCUUGUAAGAUGAAAUCGUCGCAUAGUCGUAACAAAAGAUGUAUCAACAUAUU